CCAGUACUGGCCCGACGCGCGGCCUGGCCUAUGGGCGCCGGGCUGCCCGUGAGUGGCUUUUCUGCCUGUCGCUGAAGGAAGGGAGGCCGGUUCAGUCAUGGCGGCGUUUCUGAGGGUUCUGGCUCUGGCUUUCUUGGCCGUGCUGGCCGGCUCCGGCGUCGGAGGGCAGAAGAAGAAGGAGAUGGUUCUUUCAGAAAAAGUGAACCAGCUGAUGGAAUGGGCUAGCAAACGGUCGGUAAUUCGACUGAACGGUGAUAAAUUUCGUCGUCUUAUAAAGGCACCACCAAGAAACUACUCUGUGAUUGUUAUGUUCACUGCGCUUCAGCCUCACAGACAAUGUGUUGUGUGCAAGCAAGCUGAUGAAGAAUAUCAGAUUCUGGCAAACUCAUGGCGGUACUCAAGUGCAUUCACAAACAGGAUCUUUUUUGCCAUGGUUGAUUUCGAUGAAGGCUCUGAUGUAUUUCAAAUGCUCAACAUGAACUCUGCUCCAACCUUCAUUAAUUUCCCAGCAAAAGGGAAACCGAAAAAAGGUGACACAUACGAACUGCAAGUACGAGGUUUUGCUGCUGAACAGCUAGCCCGUUGGGUUGCUGAUAGAACUGAUGUCAAUAUCCGUGUGAUAAGGCCUCCAAACUAUGCUGGGCCCUUGAUGUUGGGGCUGCUCCUCGCUGUUAUCGGUGGCCUUGUGUACUUAAGAAGAAGCAACCUGGAUUUUCUGUAUAACAAGACAGGCUGGGCUUUUGCUGCUUUGUGUUUCGUUCUGGCAAUGACAUCAGGGCAAAUGUGGAAUCACAUCAGAGGGCCACCAUAUGCUCAUAAGAAUCCCCAUACAGGUCAAGUGAGCUAUAUCCAUGGGAGCAGUCAAGCUCAAUUUGUUGCUGAAACACACAUUGUUCUGUUGUUUAAUGCUGGUGUUACUCUUGGGAUGGUGCUCCUGCAUGAAGCUGCAACUUCUGACCUGGAGGUAAUGAAGAGAAAAAUAAUGUGUAUGGCUGGCAUCGGUUUGGUGGUCUUGUUCUUCAGUUGGCUGCUGUCAAUAUUUCGAUCUAAGUACCAUGGCUAUCCAUACAGCUUCCUAAUGAGCUAAAGAAUGUUGCAUCUCUGCUGUUUUCCUGAAGCGUGAAAUAUGUGGACCAUGCUACCUCCAUUUGAAAUGAAUAGGAAUGAGACUGUUGCACACCAAACCAAAGAUGUCAAGUGCCUUGACAAUUUGCCCUAAAAGUCAUGGGGAGUACAGUGGUACCUCGGGUUAAGUACUUAAUUCGUUCCGGAGGUCCAUUCUUGACCUGAAACUGUUCUUAACCUGAAGCACCACUUUAGCUAAUGGGGCCUCCUGCUGCUGGAGCACGAUUUCUGUUCUCAUCCUGAAGCAAAGUUCUUAACCCGAGGUAUUAUUUCUGGGUUAGCGGAGUCUGUAACCUGAAGUGUAUGUAACCCAAGGUACCACUGUAUUAAGAUACAUGCUCUUUUCGCCAUUUAAUUUAGGUCUAGUAUAAUUUUGCAUCUGGGUUCCUUGUUUCUGAUUAGUUUAAAAGAAAACUACAUUUUAAUUCUCAGGCGACAGUCCAAAGACCCUCUUUUAGGCAGAUGUUAGUGCCUCUGUGUUAUGCAUAGAGACACCCUGAUAAUCACAGUUACCACCACUUGUAGCUUCAUUAACUACUGGACUUAUUCAUAGUUCACCUGCGUUUCAGGGUGGCUUUUAGCAGGGCGGGGGGGGGCACAGGGAGGGCUGCUUUGACAAGGGAGGUGCCCCAAAACAGUACAGUGUGCAUGUGCAGCUUUCUAUGCAGCCCUUUGGGCUGUGGCUUUAACUGUUAUAUACACUGCAUUGUAUUUCUGGCACCUACAAGGACUUUACAUUUUGCCCAUAUUUUUCUCCCCCUAUUGCAAAGGACUCACUGCAGAUGCAUUCAGUAGGUCCCUCUUUGUAAGAUGUUCAGCUUCCAGGUGAUCUGAUUCUAUGUUGGGCAAAAGAUUCCUGCAUUGCAGGGGGUUGGACUAGAUGAUCGUCCUGGUCCCUUCCAAUUCCAUGAUGACAUUUUUAACCUCGGUUUCUGUGCAACAUGUUCCAAUGCAGAGCCAACUGGCAAGAGAAGUUGACUCCUUUUUUUUUUAAAGUACAUGACUUGAAAGAGACUUCCAUAAGCCUUUCUCUCUCUCUCAAACCCUGGGAGUAUCUUUCAGUAAUACUGCUAUCAUAAUUAUGAGGGGGGCCCGGUUGCAUUCAUUCACUUUGUAAUCUACACUAGAACUCCUUCAGUACAGUGCAUCGUCCUCUUACUCCAUGCACAGUGCAAAUGCUCAUGACUACCAGAAAGUGUUUUCUGAUGUUGAAACUGUCAUGUGGGCUUGUAGCCCCAGCAGACUCUUGUUCAAUAAAGAAGCAUCCUCAACAAUUUGUGUUAAAAGGUGCACAGCCCGUAUCUGAUUCUCUGUGCAGAACAGCCUGCUGUAUACACAUUCACCAGCCAGACAAAGUCAGUGUGAUCAGCCUUGAUAGUACCAAUUCGCUAUUGUGUUAGUCUCCCAAACAAGUGAAUGGCACUGUUAAAGCUAUUCAUAUUGCCAACUUGCUAUGGGCUGAAAAUAAGGCCCUGUUCCAGUAUAUUAAUGACAUGCCUACUGUUCUAGAUGCUGCCUGUGUGUGUGUGUGGUUUGUCGUGCACAGAACUCUUCAGUGCAUUUGACACUUGACUCACAGAGCAGUUUUCACAUGGAAGCCUGUCUCUAGGAGUUGAUUUCCAUUGCCAGUUUGGGGCAACAUCUCUUAAAUCUGAACAUAUUGCAUGCAGAAUGCAGGGUAAAGCAUCAAACAUGUCAGUGCUUUUGCCAUUGCCUUGUAAUAAUAUUUCACUGCUUUUCUUUACCUCUGAAUGCAGUGGAAAGGUGUGGGGUGAGAGAGGGAAGAUCCCAAUAUGUAUAAUGAAUCUUAGUUGGUGAUUGUAAGCUUUAUAAGAAAGCCUCUGUUUCUUCUGCUUUUGCUGCUUUCCCCAGCUCCUUCCAUGUUCAGUGAAAAUUAUCUGCUUGGUUCUCAUCCUGCAGUCCAUGAGGAUACUAGGAGCUGGAUCUAGAAGGAAUCUUAAAAGGAUUCUAGGAACUGUAUUAAUUUGGAACUUCUGCUUCUUGGCUUGAUAACACUGUCUCCUUCAAGGCAGGCCUAAUAUUGGGUGUGAUUGACGACAUAGAACAAGAAAAACAUAGUGCUUUUUCUCGAAGGGAGUGGGUAUGGGGAAGGUAAGGGAAAUUAUGUUUCUCAUUAAAAGUUGAAUAGAGGUAACUACUACUAUACUGAACAAAGUAGUUUUCUCUUAUGCAAAUUUGCUAUAUUUAAUUAUAUUUCAAGUGCCUUAACACCAUUAGUCUAUUUUUUGAUAUUGACUCCAUAAAUAUUUUUAAAAAUGCAUUUUUAUACAGCUCACAGCAUUCAGUUGUAGCAUGGAUAUUGAAAGGACUACAAUGGAUUUUGAACAACUUUCAAUAAAUAUUUUACCUACCCCU